AGAAGCCUGCUGCAGGGGGUGGCGUGAGGAGCCUCAGGGACUGCGGACCUAAGCGUGCUAAGCACGGGGCCAGGAUAGGACUGGACGCUGCUGGACCACGACGAUCAGGGAGUGACCCCCACCAGCAUCCAGCCUGCGGCAGUUGUAGGACUGGAAGGAGGCCAAGCUGAACACCUGAGCUGACUGGAAAAUGACUGGCCGAGCCCGAGCUCGGGCCCGCGGCAGGGCACGAGGUCAGGAGACGGUGCAGCAUGUUGGGGCUGCUGCGAGCCAGCAACCUGGGUACAUCCCACCGAGACCUCAACAGUCCCCCACAGAGGGGGACUUGGUUGGCCGAGGACGACAGAGGGGGAUGGUAGUCGGAGCCACAUCCAAGUCACAAGAACUGCAGAUCUCAGCUGGGUUUCAGGAGCUGUCACUGGCAGAGAGAGGAGGGCGUCGCCGAGACUUCCAUGACCUUGGUGUGAACACCAGACAGAACCUUGACCAUGUCAAAGAGUCAAAGACAGGCUCCUCUGGCAUCAUUGUGAAGCUGAGCACCAACCACUUCCGGCUGACCUCGCGCCCACAGUGGGCCCUGUAUCAGUACCACAUCGACUACAAUCCCCUGAUGGAGGCCCGAAGGCUUCGCUCCGCACUGCUCUUCCAGCAUGAAGACCUCAUUGGAAGGUGUCAUGCUUUCGAUGGGACAAUAUUGUUUUUACCUAAGAGACUACAGCACAAGGUCACAGAAGUAUUCAGUCAGACUCGGAAUGGGGAACACGUGAGGAUCACCAUCACCCUGACCAACGAGCUGCCGCCCACCUCGCCCACCUGCCUGCAGUUCUAUAACAUCAUCUUCAGGAGGCUCUUGAAAAUCAUGAAUUUGCAACAAAUUGGACGGAAUUAUUACAAUCCAAGUGACCCGAUUGAUAUUCCAAACCACAGGUUGGUGAUCUGGCCCGGCUUCACCACCUCCAUCCUUCAGUAUGAGAACAACAUCAUGCUCUGCACAGACGUCAGCCACAAGGUGCUCCGCAGCGAGACUGUCCUAGACUUCAUGUUCAAUCUAUACCAGCAGACAGAGGAGCACAAGUUCCAGGAGCAAGUGUCGAAGGAGCUCAUAGGCCUCAUCGUUCUCACCAAGUACAAUAACAAGACCUACCGGGUGGAUGACAUUGACUGGGACCAGAAUCCAAAGAGCACCUUCAAGAAGGCGGAUGGCUCGGAGGUCAGCUUCCUGGAGUACUACAGGAAGCAAUACAACCAGGAGAUCACGGACCUGAAGCAGCCGGUGCUGGUGAGCCAACCCAAGCGGAGGAGAGGCCCCGGCGGCACCCUGCCUGGCCCAGCUAUGCUCAUCCCUGAACUCUGCUAUCUCACAGGCCUGACUGAUAAAAUGCGCAAUGAUUUCAAUGUGAUGAAGGACCUGGCAGUGCACACGCGGCUGACCCCUGAGCAGCGGCAGCGGGAGGUGGGCCGCCUCAUCGACUACAUCCACAAGGAUGACAAUGUGCAGAGAGAGCUUCGAGACUGGGGCCUGAGCUUCGACUCAAACUUGCUGUCCUUCUCUGGAAGAAUCUUACAAUCUGAGAAGAUCCACCAGGGCGGAAAGACGUUUGAUUACAACCCACAAUUUGCAGACUGGUCCAAAGAAACAAGAGGCGCGCCGCUGAUCAGCGUGAAGCCAUUGGAUAACUGGCUGCUGAUCUAUACCCGCAGGAAUUAUGAAGCAGCCAACUCACUGAUACAGAACCUGUUCAAAGUGACUCCAGCCAUGGGCAUCCAGAUGAAAAAGGCAAUCAUGAUCGAGGUGGAUGACAGAACAGAAGCUUAUCUGAGAGCCUUGCAGCAGAAGGUGACGUCAGACACUCAGAUAGUUGUCUGUCUCUUGUCAAGUAAUCGGAAGGACAAAUAUGAUGCCAUCAAGAAGUACUUGUGUACAGACUGCCCCACCCCAAGUCAGUGUGUGGUGGCCCGGACCCUGGGCAAGCAGCAAACAGUCAUGGCCAUUGCCACCAAGAUCGCCCUGCAGAUGAACUGCAAGAUGGGAGGCGAGCUCUGGCGGGUGGACAUGCCCCUGAAACUGGCAAUGAUCGUGGGCAUCGACUGUUACCAUGACACCACAGCUGGGCGGAGGUCCAUCGCAGGAUUCGUCGCCAGCAUCAAUGAAGGGAUGACCCGCUGGUUCUCCCGCUGCGUCUUUCAGGACCGCGGGCAGGAGCUGGUGGAUGGUCUCAAGGUGUGCUUGCAAGCUGCUCUGAGGGCUUGGAGUGGCUGCAAUGAAUACAUGCCCAGCCGUGUCAUCGUGUACCGAGACGGUGUGGGGGACGGGCAGCUGAAGACCCUGGUCAAUUAUGAGGUCCCACAGUUCCUAGAUUGCCUCAAGUCAGUCGGGAGAGGUUACAACCCAAGACUGACUGUAAUCGUGGUGAAGAAGCGUGUCAAUGCCAGGUUUUUUGCUCAGUCUGGGGGAAGACUUCAGAACCCUCUUCCAGGGACAGUCAUCGAUGUGGAAGUCACCAGACCAGAGUGGUAUGACUUUUUCAUCGUGAGCCAGGCAGUGAGAAGCGGGAGUGUGUCCCCAACACACUACAAUGUCAUCUAUGACAGCAGUGGCCUGAAGCCCGACCACAUCCAGCGGCUGACAUACAAGCUCUGCCACGUGUACUAUAAUUGGCCUGGAGUCAUCCGAGUCCCUGCACCUUGCCAGUAUGCACACAAGCUGGCCUUCCUCGUGGGCCAGAGCAUCCACAGAGAGCCAAACCUCUCCCUGUCCAACCGCCUCUACUACCUCUAACCAGCAGCGAGGGCCGGCAUGCUGGUUUCCUUCAGAGCUCUGCCAAUCCUUCAGUUCUAUUUUUCAUAGGAUGAGGUUCUAGCGGGAUGUUGGGGGUAGGGGUUGGGGGCCGCUGUUUUGUUUUGUUUUGUUUUUAGUUGUUGGUGUGUAGCGGCUAUAGAGUUAACUAAGGCUUAUGUUUGCUUUGUUUCUCAUGGUGUGUUGUGACAGUUUGCUUGGCAGAGUGGUGGCAAGGGCCGUGGUACCACAGAUAGACUUUCCUAAAGCAGCCGUGUUGGCAGGUUCUUGGAGGUGCUCCUGGGAGCACCUCCUAUUGUACGCUGCUCUCUCUCUCUCUCUCUCUCUCUCUCUCUCUCUCUCUCUCUCUCUCUGCAUGUUUGAAUUUAAAAGAGGAAAGGACACAAGGCAAGAAUGCCCAGAGCAUCCUAGAUGGGUGCUAUAUGGGACUCUGACACCUCAGGUUCUUAAAGAUAAAAAGGCCAGAGGUACCUUUCUGUAAUUCUUUUAAGAGUUAGGUCAUAAGGAAUGAAAAGAGUUACUUUUCUCCCUCCAUGAAAGUGUUUUUUAAGACUGACAAGGCCGGUGGUGGAGUGAGUGUUGUUGUUUUGUUUCGCAAUUUUCUUACCAAGUGAAAUUACUGACCAUAAUUUUAUUUAAUAGUUUUUAGUUUUUGAAAGCCUGUGUUUUCUUUGCUUUUAAACUACAGGCGACCACUCUGGGAUAGGAUUCCACUCCCAAAAGUAAUGUGUUGGGUGUGGUGGCACACGCCUGUGAUCUCAGGACUCAGGAGGUGAAGCCAGGGGAACCCCAAGUUCCCGGUCAGCCUAGGCUACAUAGUGAGACUUUGUCUUAACAAACAGAAAAAAAGAAAAAGAAAGAAAAAAAAAAGAAAGAAAAAAAAAGAAAGAAAAAUGGAGCAGUAUGAGUUAUGGGUGCCAGUUUCUGCAGGAGACUUUGGGAGUAAGAGCUGCCUCUGUUCCUAAGAGGCUGCAAGGCUGCGGCUGGGGGGCCAGUUCAGGUGCCAGGUGAGGUACGGCCACAUCUAUUUGCCUGGCUCUUUGACAAAGAGAGCAGCUUAGAGUGGCUAGAGUGUGAUGAGUUUUACACAAUGGCGAUGUGUGUGUGUGCCCCUGGCACAGCUCAAUAAAGUUUCUGUCUCACUUUA